AUGAACGAACGACAUAUCAGUGUACUCCAGGCGAAUUUGAAUCACUGUGCGGGGGCCCAGGACCUUCUACUGCAGUCCGCCGCGGGAUGGUCCGUUGAUUUGGUGGUAGCCUGCGAGCCAUACUAUGUCCCCACUCAGGAACGCUGGGUUGGAGACAUGUGUGGCUCGGUAGUCAUUGUCGCGGCGAACGGCGCCAGCCCGCCCCUCUCUCCUCUCGAGAGGGGACCUGGGUUUGUGGUUGUGGGAUGGGGGCCGUACACGGUUGUCGGCCUGUAUUUUUCCUCCAACCGCACGCUGGCGGAAUUCGAGAUUUCCUUGACUCUGUCAGCGGAGCCGUUCGCCGGCACAACGAAGGGCGCACCCUGGAGAUGGAAGAACCAUCUUGGAGACUUCAAUGCCAAGAGCCAGGCGUGGGGGAGUCCCACCUCGGAUGGCAGGGGCAGGGCCGUGCUAGUGUGGGCUACGCACCUAGGGCUCUCCCUACUCAAUAGGGGGACAGCCCACACCUGUGUCCGCGCGCAGGGCGGUUAUAUUGUGGACUUGUCUUUUGCCUCCCCUUCGGUUGCUGACAGAGUUGCCAACUGGAGGGUGGAAGACGGGGUUGAGACCCUAUCGGAUCAUAACUAUGUCCGAUUUGAGGUCUCAACAUCCCCGGUUGCCGCGAUGGUGCCCCCCCAGGGCCCGAAUCGUUUCCCUCGCUGGUGUCUUACUUAA